AUGUCAUCUUCCAAAACAAUUCAGCUUGGGGACAGGACGCUCGAAGAACAUGCGCCGUACUUUUACAUUGAUCGGCCCGUGCCAUUAGGGAGCGCGUCGAGUAUGAAUGCCCCUGAUGUUGUGAUGCUAUUUGGCUGGAUGGAUGCUGAAUUGCGCUACGUGUACAAAUAUGCGGAGAAGUACCGCGGCAUGUUCCCCCAUGCGCAUGUCAUGAUCAUUCUGUCGUCGUACGAAUCGUGCUUUGUGAAGACAGGUGCUGCGUGGAGAGAGUCCUCGGCGCUGAUUCAAAAGGAAUUAGCGUCUAUUGCCGAUGAGCGCAUGAAUCAUGGGUCCACUACUUCGACUGUAGUGCACUGCUUUUCCAACGGUGGUAUGAUCCAAUAUAGCGCUUUUGCUUCGCACUUGAACUAUGAGGCGAAAAACUUCCCUGUCCCAGUGGCCACCAUCCUGGAUUCGUCGCCAGGGUAUGGCGAGCUAAGCACAUUGCUAGGUGCUACAUUGAUGCGCUUUACGGGCAACACCUGGCUGGACUCUGUGAAGCGACUGGGCGUCCGGGCGUUUGUCUCCGCAGUCCACUUCCUCCACGUCGGUCUAAGCUUGCUUGGCCCGGAUACCAAUAACAUUGAGUGGAUGCGUCGCGUCACGAACAAAUGCCGACUGUGGGCGUGGCGAUCGAAGGACGACGUAAGCACUAUGCUUCCUCCUCGUCUGUACUUGCACACUGAAGCGGAUGUUUUUAUCAAGCCUGAGGCCGUAUCACAACAUGCAGAGGAUGCCCAGAAAACCAAUCACCAAGGCCCACCUGCCGUCAUCGAUAUGGAGCGUACGGAAGGCCCCGUUUCCUGGCCACCUCUGUCUACGGUGCGCACCCGACGGGCAUGCUGGACAACGCCCAAACACUGUGCGAUUGGCCGAACAUUCCACGAUCAGUAUUGGUCACUUGUGCAAAGUUUCCUACAAGAGGUAAGCACACUACCAAAUGCACCGAAAGCUAGCAAGCUCUGA